GGGGUUGUGGGCUCAGUUUGAGAGCGCGCUUUAGCUGCUCGUGCCACAAGAGGAGAUUUGCAAAGAUGCGUUAGCGAAAAAACGGCACCAUAUUUCAAUGUCGUUAUUAUUUCCUCUUCUAUUUUUUUCCCACUAAUUUUAAGUUUGUUUCGAAACGAAUGAUGACAUGGACUUUGCAUGACGAGGAAGGCAUUUAAUAUCGGGUGUCAACAGCAUUUUACGCACCGGUUAAACACGGCGGAAGGGAUGCACUUGCUGCUGACACUUUUUGACGAAUGUCAAUUUAGCAUUGGUUAUUUGUUGGGAAACUCUAUUUCAUUGUGAUACGGUGUUUAGUUGCAUGCAUUAGCGUUUAUACAAUCGUUGUCAGUAUUAGUUUGUGGCCGUAAUUAUUUGAACCGCCUGACAAACAUCAACGUCAUUGAUGUAGGACAAGAAGACUGAUUCAUCGGUGCAUUGCUUGAUCCAUUCUUGAAAACAGUGUUCCUUCUGGACAAGAUCUGGGGAUGAGUAGAUGGGUUAUUAGACAACCAUUACCGGGUUUAUGUAGGUCGGCUCGGUCUUCACUUAACGUUGAAUAAUUCGGCUAUACCGCAGUAAAGCCUCAACCAUGUAUGCUGGACGGAAAAGAAGAAAACCGGUGCAAAGAGACAUCGAAGUGAAAGACCAAAAAGAGAAACAGAAAGCUCCAUCUGAAGGGACCAAGUCUAACCCAUCAAAGCGCCACCGGGACCGUCUGAACUCUGAGUUGGACCGUCUGGCCAGUCUACUGCCCUUCCCAGAGGAGGUCACCUCCAGCUUGGAUAAACUCUCUAUCUUACGGCUCAGCGUGAGCUAUCUGAGGACCAAGAACUUCUUCUCAGUUGCCCUGAAGACCCAGGCUUGCAAGGGGUUGAAGGCCAACGGUGGUAACCAUGACAGCAGCGAGACAACAGGAUUGGUGGACGGCUGGAUGCCCGAGGGUGAACUCCUAUUGCAGGCCCUUAAUGGUUUCGUCCUGGUCAUCACUGCAGACGGGGUCAUAUUCUACUCCUCUCACACCAUUCAGGAUUACCUGGGAUUCCACCAAACGGACGUGAUGCACCAGAGUGUGUUUGAUCUGAUCCACACUGAGGACCAGCAGGAGUUUAGGAGGAACCUGCACUGGGCUCUCAACCCCCCGGCCGUGCCCCAGCAGGUGGAGUCACCCCCAGAUGGAAAACCAGUCCCCAGCUCGUCCCUGGUGACCUAUAACCCCGACCAGCUGCCUCCAGAGAACUCCUCCUUCCUGGAAAGGAACUUCGUCUGUCGCUUCCGCUGUCUCCUCGACAACUCUUCUGGCUUCCUGGCCCUGACCCUCCAAGGCCGUCUGAAGUUCCUGCAUGGCCAGAACUGCCGGCUGGAUGACGGCUGUAACGUGCCCCCCCAGCUGGCCCUGUUUGCCAUCGCUACCCCCCUCCAACCUCCAUCCAUCCUGGAGAUUAGGACCAAGAACAUGAUCUUCAGGACCAAACACAAGCUGGACUUCACCCCCAUGUCCUGCGAUGCCAAGGGGAAGAUCGUGCUGGGCUACACCGAGGCUGAGCUCCGGGUUCGAGGCUCUGGAUACCAGUUUAUCCAUGCAGCUGAUAUGCUCUACUGUGCUGAGAACCACGUCCGCAUGAUUAAGACAGGGGAGAGUGGGCUGACGGUGUUCAGACUGCUCACUAAGGAUAACCGCUGGAGGUGGGUCCAAGCCAACGCCAGACUGGUCUACAAGAACGGCAAGCCUGACUACAUCAUCGCCACCCAGAGGCCCCUGGUGGAGGAGGAGGGAGGAGAGCACCUGAGGAAGCGUUCCAUGCACCUCCCCUUCACCUUUGCCACGGGCGAGGCCCUUCUCUACCAGAGUAGCUACCCCAUCCACGGCCUCACCGACUCACUCCAGGCUAAAGGCAAGACCAAAUCCAAGAAGGGCAAGCUGGACAAGAACCUGUCGAAGGAUAACGGUGGAAUGGACCCCAGUUCCCUGCUCGGGGCGCUGAUGAGGCAGGAUGAGUCAGUGUACGUGUGCCAACCAGCCGUCGAGCCCAAGAUGUCCUUCCACAGUAGUCUGUUUAGUGAGGGAGGUGAGGGGAAAGGGCAGAGCAGUGGAUACUAUAGCGGUGGCCCUCUGGGUGGGGGUGUGGGAGAGAGCUGGAGCUCUGUGCCCAACGGGCUUACCACCAUCACCACUGGCCUCAACGGAGAGCCUCUGUCCAGCUUCGACCCGCUGCUCGCCACCCUGGACUCACUGUCUCUGGAGGGGGACGAGACAUGCUCUAACAGCGAGCUGUUCUCUGCUCUGGAGAACCUGGGUCUGAACGCAGAGGAUCUGGAGCUACUGCUGCUGGAUGAGAGGAUGAUCAGAGUGGAGAUGGAUCCGGACUACAUCCCCUCGCUCAACGACCUGCUCACCAACAACGAGAUCCUCGCCUACAUCCACGACUCGCUGGAGAACAAGACCGAGGAGGGCCAGGGUGGGGAUAGUCACGUGUCCAUACCACAAUCCUCAACCCAUCCCCCAGACCCUAUCCUUAAUUCUGCCCUUAUCCUUAACCCUCAUACCCAAGCCGCCCCCACUAUGCAUAUCUCUACCUUCCACCCCCAAGCUACUGACCCUCCUGCCCCUCAACCCAUGUUACCCCCUCACAGACUACCAAAACAGCCACCCAUAGUGCAGCUCUCCCAGCAGAUGCAGCAGCACCUCAACUUAGUAAAGCCCGUUCUGGCAAAAUACCCCUGGCCCCCGACACAAACAGACGUCCCCAAGCCAAGCCAGCCAGACACCCUGCAGCACACGAACUCACUAACCUUGGUCCAUAAUGGUCACUGGCUUCCCCAGCAGCAGCAUAUGCUUGCGGGGCUGGAUGACCACUGCCACAGCCUUCUCCCCCUGGCUAACAGUAAGACAUCCCAGCUGGGGCCUCACGGGGCCGGGCAGCUCAAACAACACCAGAACAACAUCCAUCUUCAGAGCCAGUGGCAGCAGCACAACCAGCACUUACAGGUCCAGCUUCAAUCUCCGUGUCAUUUCAAACAGCAGAAGGCUAGGAGCAGAAGCAGUGCCACUCUCAACGGGCUGCACCCUGAUCCCGAUUGGCAUAGUUCCAGCUACGACGACCAGUUGGGACUGACCGCUAAUGGAGCUAAUGGAGCCUGCACCGUCUCCUACCCCAACGGGCACGCGGACACCCUCACACACACUACAGAAGGAGAGGUCACUCACACGGAUUACGGUAUGGGUGAUUUGACUCCAGUGGGCAUGGUCAUGAACAGGGUUACGGUAGGGGGCAUAGGUCACUACCAGGGACAAGGAGGGGUGACCGCUAACCCCUCAGACCAUCUGGUGCAUCACAAACAACAUUCUCCACAGGUCCCAUCCACCUACUUCCCUCAGUACUCCACCACACAGAACUCUUUAGAUUACAUCCUGGGGCUGUCACAGCCUCAACUCACCAUGCCUACUCUGGACGCCUACGGCAUUUUGAAUAGCCCCGCUUCCCAGGAUGCCACUCUCUGCAAGAUGGAGAACGGCUGCAUCCUCAACGACACCAACGUGGCUUACACAGGGAGCUGUCUACUGCCCAAUGUGGACAGCCAGACGACCAGCGACAGUCUUCAGCCCGACGCCCUACAUACCCUGCCAGACCCACAGACUACUGGCUUCUACCUCUGAGAGGGGGUGUCAGGGCAAAGAGAGACCAUUGGACCAUUUUGUCAGGACAAGGGGGGGGCAUAAAAAAUAAAGAGAAGAGGAGAAACUAAAUAAGAAUUAAACUGAACUGUGGUUGU